GAAAAAUUCGAUGUAUCGUUUGCAUCCCUAGUUGUCAGUUGUCUUUGUCUGGUUGUAUGAUUGUCUUUUUCUUGGCAGUGAAUUUUAUUCAGAAUAUUUCAAUUACAAAGAAAUAAAUAAUAGAAAGAAAGUUGAAGUUCCUAUUGCAGAGGAUAUAUUAUUCUCACAGAUUGUAAAUGGACAUCUAGUAAAAUGUAUAAAAUACUGGAAUUUCAAUCACUAGUGCUGGCAGCUGGAAGAGGUUCCCGCUUACCAGAUGUCGGAGGAGCUGUUUCAAAGUGCCUCCUGCCAGUUGGACCAUAUCCUGUGUUAUGGUAUACAUUAAAUAUGUUGGAGAAGAUGGGGUUUCAAGAAACAUUUGUGGUUGUUUUAAGUGAUGAUCAAUCUGCUAUUACAAAUGCUCUAGAAAAGUGCCCCUUGAAAAUUAAGUAUAUUUUAAUCCCUAUCCCAUCAGAAGAAGAUUGGGGUACAGCAGAUUCUAUGAAACACAUUAGUAAUAGAAUUUUGAAAACAACAACUGAUUUAUUAAUUGUUUCGGGCGAUUUGAUCACAAAUAUUAAUUUAAAUGAUGUCCUUAAUCUACAUAGGAAAUAUGAUGCAAGUCUGACCACUUUAUUUUUUAAUAAUGGCCCUGAAGAAUGGAUAGAACUUCCUGGCUUAAAAUCUAAAACGAAGCCAGAUAGAGAUUUGGUUUGUAUCGAUAAGGAUACCCAACGACUGGUGUUUUUAGCUAGUGCAAGUGAUUUUGAAGAAAAUGUGACUUUACCUAGAAUUGUGAUUAAAAAAUUUGAGUCUGUUAGCUUGUACAGUAGAUUGUUAGAUGCCCAUGUUUAUGUCAUGAAGAAAUGGAUUAUGAACUACCUUGUUGAAUCAGAAAAAUUUACUUCUAUUAAAGGAGAAUUAAUACCUUACAUUGUAAAAAAGCAGUUAUCUAAACCUAAAAAUGUGAGUGAUAAGAAAGGAUUGUCAGAGAAAAAUGUAGAUAUAUCAGUUGAUAUUUUUGAUUAUGCUGUUGAGAAUGGCUUUGAGUCUAAAAUCAGGGAGAUGUCUUCAUACAAUGAUAAUGGAAGCAAAGGUGUUAAUUAUAAUGACUUAUUGAGGUGCUAUGCCCAUAUUCCAAAUAAAAGUACAUUUGGCAUGAGAAUUAAUACACUCUCAACAUUUUAUCUGUGUAACAACAAGAUACUCUCAAAAUGGGAAGAGGUGACAGGAUCAUCCCUUACAGAAAGAUUUCACUCAACCAGUGAGGUGAAGACUAAACAAAUAGAUGAAAAUAGCACAGUGGGUGAAAAGAGUAUUGUAAAUGAAAAGACAUCUAUAAAAAGCUCAUUUAUUGGAGCAAAUUGUGUUAUAGAGAACAAAGUCAGGUUGACUAACUGUAUAUUGAUGAACAAUGUAACUAUUAAAGAAGGUUGCGUCCUACAAGACUGUAUCAUCUACACAGGCGCUACGGUAGAUACCAGUUGCUCUAUGCAGUAUUGCCUCGUUGGACCACACCAUAUGGUGCCUCCAUCUACAUCCAGCAAUCACCAAUUGCACGCAGAGACUACUGAAAAUAUGAUCACACUUGGAUGAUUUCCAAUUUUGAUAUAUGACAAUAUAUUUAUUAUACUGUAA